CAGAAAAGAGAUCAUAUGGUGUGUUCCCCCUCUUCCAUCCAGUUCUCUUUAGUGUUUGCCAAUGUUGGAGGUGUAACUGGGGUCUGGCCCUGGACAAAGGAAUAGAGCAUGGCUCAAGUGAAAGUACAGACCGCAGCACCCCUGGCUGGUCCUGGCCUCUCCCCUGAAGUACCCCCGACGGCCAUGGCCAGUCCAGGAGCCCUCGGUCUGCAGCCCUCUGUCAACGGCACAGGCCCGGCCCCAACACCCGCCUGCCCCGCUCCUGCAGUCGGAUAUGGGGCCGCCCCUGUGUCUGCCUCACCACCAGGUAGCCCGCCCCAGGAGAACAUGGCAAACCCUAAAGAGAAAACUCCAAUGUGUUUGGUGAAUGAGUUAGCCCGUUUCAACAGGAUCCAACCACAGUAUAAGCUCCUCAAUGAGAGAGGUCCUGCACAUGCUAAGGUAACGUCCUUCUCCCCGGAUGUCUCUCAGAUCUUCACAGUGCAGCUGACUCUUGGGGAGCAGGUCUGGGAGUCGGAGGGCACCAGCAUUAAAAAGGCCCAGCACUCCACUGCUGCCAAAGCGUUGGCCGAGAGCGUUCUCCCCAGGCCAGCGCCCCGCUCCCCUAAAGUCGACAUCAACAGCAACCCAGGCAGUAUAACACCCACGGUGGAGCUGAAUGGUCUGGCCAUGAAGAGAGGAGAGCCAGCGAUUUACAGGCCUUUGGAUCCCAAGCCCAUGCCCAACUAUAGAGCCAAUUACAACUUCAGAGGCAUGUUCAACCAAAGGUAUCAUUAUCCUGUUCCUAAGAUCUUCUACGUGCAGCUCUCUGUGGGGAGUCAUGAGUUCAUUGGCGAAGGGCGCACCCGCCAAGCAGCGAGACACAACGCGGCCAUGAAGGCCCUUCAAGCACUGCGCAAUGAACCCAUCCCUGAACGGCCACCGCAGAACCCAGAGGAAAAAGGCGAGACUGAGGAAGGAAGCGAUGCGAGCAAAUCCGAGAUCAGCCUGGUUUAUGAAAUCGCCCUCAAAAGAAACUUGUCUGUUAAUUUUGAGGUGUUGAAGGAGAGCGGCCCCCCACACAUGAAGAGCUUCCUGACCCGCGUCACCGUCGGAGAGUUCUCCGCCGAGGGCGAGGGCAACAGCAAGAAGCUGUCCAAGAAGCGCGCUGCCCUGUCCAUCCUGCAGGACCUGAAGAAGCUGCCCUUCAUACCCACCGUGGAGAAACCCAAGACACACUACAAAAAACGCACCAAGACCAUCCUGAAGACAGGGCCAGAUUAUGGGCAGGGCAUGAACCCGAUCAGCCGGCUAGCCCAGAUUCAGCAGGCCAAGAAGGAGAAAGAGCCCGAGUACCAGCUGCUCUCUGAGAGAGGAAUGCCCCGACGUCGGGAAUUCAUCAUGCAGGUCAAGGUGAAUAACGAGGUUGCCACGGGAACAGGACCCAACAAGAAGGUGGCUAAGCGGAACGCGGCUGAGGCGAUGCUGCUGCAGCUGGGAUACAAGGCCUCCACAAUCCCCCAGAACCCCUCCGAGAUGGACAACAAAGGGUGGAACGGACAAAAGGUGUCUUUUACCGAAACGACAAGUAACACCCAGAAGGGUCUACUCCACCUGAGCCCCGACGUCUAUCAGGAGAUGGAGGCAAGUAGAAAGCAGAGUGCCAGCGCGCCAGGCCCGGGGGGCAGCAGUGGGGGAUCUGUCAACUACAUGUCUUCCAAAGACAUGGCGCCCUGCUCCGCCCCUCUGCCCCCGGGGCACCCUCCGUACUACAGCGGCCCAUCCACGUCACCCAGCCCGACCGCUACGAUGGCCAGGGAGAUGCUGCUUAAUGGUCAGUCACCCACAGCAGAUGCGUCACUGCCGAUGAAAGGGAAAAACCUGGCCUGUGGUGUCUCGGUGCAGCCAGCACAGCAGCUGGACUACCUGGCUCAUAUCCAGGGCUUUCAGGUGCAGUACAGCGAUGCGCAAAGUGGCAAGGAUUUUGUGACCUAUCUGACCCUCUCCCCAGUGCAAAUGACCUUCCAUGGCACCGGGAGCACCCUCCAAGCCAGCCACGACCAGGUAGGAGUGGGCUGCUCUAAGUGCCUUGAAACAGCUGUCGGAGCAGGGACUGGACCCGGUGGAUAGCCCCAUCAAGACUGAACCAUGUGGGAGGGAGGACGGACAUUAAACAGACUAACUCAGGCACCACCACUCAGGUCUGCAAGGAUUCAAAGGCUGUCGUCAAGGAGCUGACAACCCGCACCCCUCCCUCAUCGUACACAAACCCAACUUCCCCCUCCCACCUUUCAGCCCCGUCCUUCAUAACCUGCAACCCACAUUGUCCACGACUAUCCACACCCGGACCCCCCUCCACCCCCACCAUCCCUCCCUCCCACCUGCAAACUCACCCCACGAUGGCCACUGUAUCCUGCAAAACCUGUCAACAUGCAAUAGGGUGGAUGUGCACCGAGAUAUAACCGACUAAAAAAACUCCAUUACCUGAGUCUAUGUGAAGACAACGCUAUCUUAACAAGUUUAUCGAUGAUUUCAGUCAAAAUUUAGAGGACAAAAUAAAUAGAGGAAUUACAAGCUACCGAGACAAUUGCAUGGUACUGUGUGAAAUCAAGGGAAACCCAAAGUGAUACACUGCAUAGACAAUUUUCCCUUUGGAUAGAUGUUGGUAUGGUUAAAAACAAAUAUGUACAUCAUGCCAUUGAAAUACAAAAGAAACAUUUUAGGGGAGAAACCAACUUGAGUACAGUAGCUUAUUUUUACGGGGGUCUUAUGUUUCUUUUUCUCUUUUUUUUUCUUUUGUUAUUUUAUUAAUCUAACAAUGCUUGAGUACUGUAUUUAAAAUUAACCAAUGCCAGUGCUGUGAAAGUUGUAGUUGUUGUCUUCAUAUAUAGUCACCCAGCUUACCUUGUAUGCUGACAAAAAAAAAAAAGUUCAUCUAUCUAUAUGGAUGUGUAUGACUUUGCAAGAGUAUCAUAUUCCGAAAAAUAACACAGAAAAGUAUUUUCAUGUGGACAAAAAAAAGAAAAAAAAAAAAAAGACAAAACUGGUGUUAGCAGUAAUCAGUAGAAGUGUUGACCACCCAUGGAGGAAGGUUCGACCAGCCUCGUUUUCCUUCUGGGACUAACCUGUCCCAUUUUAAUAAGACCCCACACUGGCAUAGCAUCACUGGAGCAUCGCCUGAACAGCAGCAGGGCGGGGGUGGGGGGGGGCCGCAGUCCUGCUUUGUGACCAGAAAAAGAGGCCAGUUCUGUCGACAGCGACUAGGUGUCCGCACACGUUUUCUAACGCCAGUAAACUUUUAACAUGCAGAGUUUUAAAACUCCCAAACCCCAGAGAAAUUUUGUACGGGCUGCAUGUUCUCCAGUGAAUGAGAAAUCCUCUCCAUUCCAGUGAUUUUGUGUCAGUGGACGCCCCCCCCCCCUCCCGGCCCGGCCCGCCCCGCCCCAGCCCCGCCCACCCUCCCUCCACAGUUUUGUCGAUCACAUCUACACCCAUUGUGUGUGUUGUAUUGACCUGCCAAGGCAUCAACUGGGUGCUUUUAAUGCCUGCAAGCCUGGAGUGCACCUUUCUGAGCGGAGAGAGUCCGUGGCGCGGCUGCAGACUCCGUCCCCCCUUAAGGACACUCCGGGUCACUUUGUCCACUGACAUUGAGGAUGUGUCUUCUUCUUCGCUGUGAGUGCAAUGAGUAAUACGGCUAUUUCUGUUACUGAAAUGCAGUAAAAACACCUCAGUUCAUGUGGAAAACGA